CCCGAGUGUUUUGCUGCUCGGAGGUUUCUGCACAGAGAUGGCAAGAGGACCGUAGCAGACUGUGGGGCCUAUACGGUUGGUCAUUUUACCGACAACCGUAGCUAGCUAACGUUAGAACAGCAGAGACGCAGCGACUAGGAAAGGAGUGGAACAACGGACAAGGGGAACCAUGGGACACGGAGUGGGCUGAACCAGAGGGUCUAGCAGCACACACCAAUUGUUUCCCACUGUGGUGUAUGACAUGGCCACGGCCUCAUCUAGAGCAGAGUCUAGCCAUAACCACGGGGGAACUUCACAGCUCCAUGCCAUUGUUUCCUGUGCCAAAAUCAAGAGGAAGAAGAGCCUGUUUGGGACUGCCAUUUAUGUGGAGGUGACAGCGGAGGGGGAGUCGCGCCGCACAGCGAAGUCUCACAGCUCCUCCAGUCCUAAAUGGGAUGAAAGGCUCACUCUGAAUGUAACACGGCACACACAGGUGGAUUUCAAAGUAUGGAGUCACCAUACCCUGAAGGCAGACGCUCUUUUGGGCAAAGCCACUCUGGACCUAUGUCAAGCCUUGGAGCAGCAUGACAGAAAAUUGGAGAAUGUGAAGGAGGUGCUGAAACUGAGCGUGGAGCAGAAGGGAGCUCUGGUUCCCACUGGGGAGCUGACUGUCUACCUAGAUGGCCUGACUGUCACUGACCAGGAGGAACUGGCACCGCUUACCAACGGCAAUGCGGCAAAUGGCACCAAAGUCCAACAGAAUGGCGAUGCCAUCCAUGAAAAUGGUGACUCAUCUUCUUCUUCCUCAAGGGCUCCCAACAGCACAGUGAAUGGUACAGACUUGGUCCCGAGGUCAAGUUCCUAUUCGGUCUCCAAUGGUGUGGAUAGUCAGGUGCCCUCCAGCUCCUGCAGCCCUGCCCUUGGUCACGUCGUCAAUGGAGACACCACACCCAACUCCACCCCAGUCCACCAACCCUCAGACAGUGACACAGAGAGUAGGGCAGUCAAUGGUGAGUCCUGUGAUGCUGCUCUCAGGCUGUCGUCUGCUACAACAGGUGAUGGGCUGCCCCCUGCAGAUAACCACGAGGACUGCAAUCAAGAUGCCGCCCUGCCAGACCCUGAAACGGCCCCAGAUAGCAUAUCUCAAGCCCUGCCAGCCUCCACACAGGUUCCAUCCUCCUCUUCUGCUGCUAAGCCUAUUGAUGGCACUGCUGCUGAUUCCUCCACAUUCACCUCCCCAGCACAGGGAGCCCCCACCAUCACAACCUCCUCAUCAUCGUCCUCUUCCCCCCCAGCAAUGGGAGAAGCGAAUGCUUCAGGAGGAGGCGGCGGCGGUGGUAGCUGUAGUAGCAGUGCAACUGUAACUACAGAUGGGGCCAAGCCCAGGCAGCAGGCCCCCAAUGCUGGAGCCUCAGAUCCUCUGCCACCGGGGUGGGAGCAGAGGAAAGACCCACAUGGAAGAACUUAUUAUGUAGACCACAACACCAGAACUACGACCUGGGAAAGACCACAGCCACUACCACCAGGAUGGGAGCGCCGAGUGGAUGACCGGGGAAGGAUCUAUUAUGUGGAUCACAACACCCGAACUACCACAUGGCAGCGUCCCACUAUGGAAUCAGUCCGCAAUUUUGAGCAGUGGCAGAGCCAGCGCAGCCAGCUGCAGGGAGCUAUGCACCAGUUUAACCAGAGAUACCUCUACUCUGCCUCCAUGAUGUCUGCUGAGAAUGAUCCUCUUGGCCCGCUGCCUCCUGGAUGGGAGAGGCGUGUGGACUCCAAUGACAGAGUGUACUUUGUCAACCAUAACACCAAGACAACACAGUGGGAAGACCCCCGAACCCAAGGGCUACAGAAUGAGGACCCUCUUCCUGAAGGUUGGGAGAUCCGUUACACAAGGGAAGGGGUUCGCUACUUUGUGGAUCACAACACCCGAACAACCACUUUCAGCGACCCCCGCACUGGAAAGUCCUCUGUCACCAAAGGCCCUCAGAUUGCUUAUGAGCGCAGCUUUCGAUGGAAGCUUGCCCAUUUUCGCUACUUGUGCCAGUCCAAUGCUCUCCCUAGCCAUGUGAAGAUCACCGUCUCCAGACAGACGUUGUUUGAAGACUCUUUCCAGCAAAUUAUGGCCCUGAAGCCUUACGACUUGAGGAGGAGACUCUAUGUUAUCUUCAGAGGCGAGGAGGGUCUAGACUAUGGUGGCUUAGCCCGAGAGUGGUUCUUCUUGUUGUCCCAUGAAGUGCUGAACCCCAUGUACUGUCUGUUUGAGUAUGCCGGAAAGAGCAACUACUGUCUGCAGAUCAAUCCGGCCUCUGCUAUCAACCCGGACCACCUCUCCUACUUCUGCUUCAUAGGCCGCUUCAUUGCAAUGGCCCUUUUCCACGGCAAGUUCAUCGACACAGGCUUCUCUCUGCCUUUCUACAAACGCAUGCUGAACAAGAAGCUAAUACUCAAAGACCUGGAGUCCAUCGACCCAGAGUUCUACAACUCACUUAUAUGGAUCAGGGACAACAACAUUGAAGAGUGUGGUCUGGAGAUGUACUUCUCAGUGGACAUGGAGAUCCUGGGAAAGAUCACUUCUCAUGACCUCAAACCUGAUGGCGUCAAUGUUCUAGUUACUGAAGAGAACAAGGAGGAAUAUAUUGGUCUAAUGGCAGAGUGGAGGUUCUCCCGCGGGGUGGAAGGUCAGACCAAAGCUUUCCUGGACGGCUUCAACGAGGUGGUCCCACUUCAGUGGCUCCAGUACUUUGAUGAAAAGGAGCUUGAGGUGAUGCUGUGUGGCAUGCAGGAAGUAGAUCUUCAAGACUGGCAGAGGAACACCGUGUACCGUCACUACACAAGGAACAGCAAACAGAUCAUCUGGUUCUGGCAGCUGGUGAAAGAAGUGGACAACGAAGUGCGACUGCGGCUCAUGCAGUUUGUCACUGGAACCUGCAGGCUUCCUCUGGGCGGCUUUGCUGAACUCAUGGGAAGUAAUGGGCCCCAGAAGUUCUGCAUUGAGAAGGUGGGGAAGGACACAUGGCUUCCUCGGAGCCACACUUGUUUCAACCGUCUUGACUUGCCUCCUUACAAGAGCUUCGAACAGCUGAAAGAGAAGCUGCUCUUUGCCAUCGAGGAAACGGAAGGAUUUGGCCAAGAAUAAAGGGAGGAGUCCUUGUAUUUCUCUCCCCUCCCCAAGUAAAACAAACUAAAAAAGAAUUGCACAAGAUAACCACCAAUGUAUAUAAGCUAUUUUGUCAUUUAAAACCAAAUCUUAAUUUGCAGCAUCAUUUUUGCCGCAAUCCUGUCCUCCAGCCCUUAAAUAUUAUAUGAUACCCCAUCAUGAAAUAUGCAAGCAUUUCAGCAUUUUUGCUCCUCUGUUUGAAAACAGAACUCAUGGAUAUUUUUUUUUUAUUUCCUCCCCCACUGCUGUCUGGCAUUUUAAAAGAGACUGAGAAAAAAGUGUUUUUGAGAGGAUUUUAUAGUUGAUGAGCAAUCUUCUUUUAAAGCUCUAGUUCUAUAGAGCUUCUAAAUAGCGAGAGUAGUAUUGGGGUCUGGUGCCUGAUUACCCCUCUCCCCCCACCCCUCCCCCCAAUGGACCCAUAGUAAUUGUUGCAAAUUUUAUGUGCUUGCAUGGCUGCCUCUGAAGAUGAGAAGACUGCUGUGACCACCCACUACCACCACCUAUAUAUAUAUAUACACACACACACACACACACACAACAAAACAUGCAUGCAUGGACACUCUUUUUCUUAAUGAGCUUUUUUAACCAUUAUCAAAAAGGCAAAGUGUUCAGGAUGGACUGAUAUGGAGCAGAGGAUAACACUCUCAUACAACCCCUCAAUGAGAUUCUGGACACCUGCUCAGAGGUAGUCUGGCUAUCACCAGACCAAGCUCAAUCUUUUAAGAUUGAACAUUAGUUUGGGGAGUCUGCUCUGUAUUAUCGAUGUCCAGUGGGCAUAGUUCAAAUGACUCUGUACGCAAUUGGAUAGUCCUUUGGGGCCUGUGGUUUAUAGUUGUGUUGUUUGAGCCAUGGACACUGGACAUAUCCCAGGCCACCUGCUUCAGUUGGCAAGUGAGAUCCACACAGGGAUCACACACUCACAGUUUUCAUUGAAAGAUUGAGCUGUUUGGAAAAUUGUCACAAAAGAGUCAAAUGACAGACUCCGUCUCAAUGGGUUGUGUGUGCUUGGCUGAUUUCUCUUUUGCCUCUUUUGAUUUGUGAUCUCUGACUGUAAAGUGUCUCCAGUCCAUGAAGUCACUGUGCUUUACAGAGCGACAAACAUGAUUAUGCUUAUAUGAUAACAUGAAACAUCAAAUGUACUUCUCAGUUAUAGGUAUCACAAUAGACAAAUACCCAUACAGCACAUAAAACUGACAUAUUAAUCAUAAAAAUCAAAGACUGCAUAUAUUUGGCCAUCUUGUGUUGUACUAAGGUCCAAAGGACAUCUGAUUCAUAUGAAUGUACAUUUGAACAUGUAUUGAAAGAAGCUGUUCUCAGCUUAAUUUAUUACCAACCAUUAAACUAAAUUACAACUGAAGCCAAUGCUGCAUAGAAAUCUUAGCAUUGUUGCAAAGAAAUCUCAUUAUCAUUGCAUCAAUUGUCUUUCAAAGUUCUAUGGUUCUUUCAGGUUUUGGUCAGCGGUCAUAAAGGAGAUUCUGGACUAAAAUAUAUGAAAUGUUAUGUCUUGAAAGCAACAUACACAAAUAUCGCAUGCAGGCAGCACACAGUGGAAACUGGCCAAGUAAAAUAAAAUAGAAUUUUUCUGAAAGUAUUAACUGGGUCAUAAACUUGCACGGUAUUGUUAGAAAACAAUAAUUCUGUCGCGUAGUCGCCAUAGUGCUGAAAACGUAGUGAUUUAUAAGACACUAAAGUGCCACAGACCAAAUAAGAAGUGGAAACCUUCCACGGUGCAACUCCUCAGCAGCCCUAGGCCUGUUUGGAGCCUGACACAGCAUUUGCAGUGCUACACGUUGUGUGUUUUUGUUUUUGCACCCCCCUACUUCCCCCUUGUCCUUUCUUUCCUUUUAAUGCUUCAGGGGACAUGUCCUUUGUUUUUCCACGACGUCGCGUCUAACUCCAUUGUCUCUAAACUAUGGUGCAUAUUCUUUCAGUCAGUGGUCUAAACGCAGCUAUGGCAAUGGCAGGCCAAUCUCCUUGUUUUUCUCUAGCAUUGUGUUUUUUUCAGACCACUGCAAACAGCAGCAAGCUGCUUUAGACUUUUUCUAGGAGUAGCUUGCGAUUACUCAUGUUAUCAGUCAUGUAUAUAACAUGUAUUCAGCUGGAAGGCGGGGCGACAGUAUGAAGAAAAACCAUUUACUGUAGCAAAAGGAGCCGACUUUUAAAGAGAGGUCAAAUCUGCAUAACUUUGUGCUUCCUUUUGAACAGAAACGUGUAAUCAAAGAAAAAUCAACUGUGUAUGUGAAUAUUCAUUGUAUAAAGAUAAUGAAAGUAAAUAAAGUACUUAAAUAUUAUAAUUAAUUACACAGAGCCGCCGCUCCGUUGAUGGAAAUCUGUGAUGCCUUUGUUCUUAUCAGAAAUAGAUGGGACGUUUCAGGUUGCCUUCAGUGUAGCCAGUAACAAGAUGAAGUAUCACCUGGACAGUUCUCUCAAUGCAAAGCUGAUUCCUGAUACUGUACAUCAUUUCAAUACAUGAUAAUGCAGCAGGGACAUUAUUUCUGUGCUGACUGCAGUUUAGGCCAUCUGAAACGCAUCCAAACUGUAACAUAUCGCGUGUAGAUACACACUGUAAACACCAACUACACUGUACAGAAUGCCCCUUUACUGGAGACGAUGUGUAUAGAAGAUUCAUUUUUUUAUCUGCUUUGACCCAUUUUAAUGAAGAGAGAUGGAUUUAUGAGAUACAAAUAAAAAAAGUGAAUAAACCCCCCUCCAUGACCAUGCUUUCUUUCUUUUCUUUUUUCGUUGUGUCAUAAUCGGGGGGGAUGAGAGGCCUUCUGCUCAGCUUUCACAACAAAACUGUUUGCGAUUGUUUUCUGUUCUUAAAUUAAAAAAAACAAAACAUUUG